AUGGCACGACCGUUGGAAAAGAUCUCUGAUAUUAACGAUGAAAAGGAACUUUGGAAAGUUGCUGUUAAAAUACAUCACAAAUGGAGUGUCAUCUCUAACAAUAAAGAACAUUUUGAGAUGGUUGUUUAUGAUUCUGAGUGGCUUUGUUCUAAUAGGUUUAUAUUUGGUUGCAUGGAGGUGGUAAAAAGUGGAAGUGAUAUUCAUGUUAUCGUACCUCCCGUUUAUAGGAAGAAUUUUGAUUCGCUGUUUGUUGUUAAUGAUACUUACACUAUUGCAAACUUCCAAGUUCAGCUGAAUGAUCUGCUGUUCAAACCUUCUGCUCACAAGUACCUCCUUAAAUUUACUGGUGGGACAAAAGUUGGGGAUAGAAAUGUCCAUCAGAUUCAGGAAAAGAACUCUGCAUCUCAUAUUUGGUUUAACCUGAUGCACGUUUUCCCAAUGACCUGUACAAAUGUUAUCGGAGUGGUUGAUGAAAUUGGGUACACACAGGUCCAGGUGGGAAGUAAAAAGCAACAGGUCAACUUUGUCAUUCGCGACUUGAGCAACAACACUAUAACGGUUACGUUAUGGGAGGCGUACGCGGUGCAGUUUAUCAACUACGUUGAACAGCAGGUCGAUACUGCAAUUCCUGUUGUGAUUAUGAUUCAAUAUGCCAAAGUCAAAGAAGCUUUUGGCAAAUAUCCUCUAUCUGUUACCAAUACUUACAAUGUCACCAAAGUGGCUAUUAAUGAAGACACGGAAACAAUCAAACAAUUUGCUAAAAUGCUUACACAGGAUACUAUAGUGGCUGUCUCGGGUCUUCGCAGCCAGCAGUCUCAGGGAAGGUCGCAAAACUCAUACAGUUCUCGCCAAUCACCUACCCAAAAAUUGUUGUCUAAUGCUGUUCUUCUUCCUCAUGAGCAAAUCGUUAAACUCAAAGACACUACUUUUUGUGCUACCGUUGCCACAAUUACAAAAAUCUUUGCCUCAAAAUAUGGCUGGUACUACCAGGCAUGCCAUGAAUGCCCGAACAAAGUCACUGGUGAUAAACCUCCCUACAAGUGUGUCAAGGGACAUGACACUGAAACUGCCAUUUUCAGGUAUAGAAUAGAGGUGGGUGUUCUUCAUGUUGGUACAAAAUGCAAGUUUGUUUUGUGGGACAAGGAGAGUGAAGACCUAUUGGAAGUCUCGGCUGCUCAUAUGCGCGAAACCAUGUUUCAGGCUGGAAUAUUUGAUCCCCUCGAUUUUCCACUGGCACUUGACAAGCUCCUGGAUCAGGAGCUUGCCUUCAAAGUCAAGUGGCAACCAGAUUGGUCUAAUUGCUCAGUCAUCAUGUUAGUGAAAGAUAAACCUAUUGUGGAUUAA